AUGUCACUAUGCGAACGAUGCGAGGCCAUCGAUCUCGGCGAAAUCCUCGCCAAAUCGAUCCCACCGGACUCGAGGAGUAUUGCCCCAGGCUGGAUCCACUCCGAGACGUUCGCUCGGCUCCGUUCCAGCGCCGGGACCUGCGAGCUCUGCUCCAUCCUGCUUGAUGAUGCCGCUACCAACCCCUUGGUCCGUGACGAUGAUUGCGUCUACCUUCACAUCUUCACGCGUUUUACCUGGCCUCGGGUCGGGCAUGGACAGCAUCAUCCGAUUCCCGUUGGGGGGUUUACUAUUCAAAUCGGCCAGAAGGGCGUCAAUGUCCUGCAUAGUGUCAGGCGAGUCGACGUGUGGAUAGAUGAAGGCUCUCCCAUCGUGUUAAAGAAGCUCAUCUCGGGCCGGCCCGUUCGCCCAGAAUGGGACCCAAGCAUCUUGCGGCGCUGGCUUGACACAUGUUUACACGGCCACGCGUCCUGCAGGCUCCCAGCGCCUGCAAUCGACCUGACCCAGGAUGAGGAACCGCCAGAAUUGCCCACGCGCGUCAUAGACGUGGGCUCUGCCGACCCGGUCCGCCAUCCCGUCCUUGUCGAGACGCUGGGUCGCAGGGGCCGAUAUGUCGCCCUGAGCCACUGUUGGGGCCCAACGCCCUCGUCCAUCACGAAAACAGAGCGCAACUCGGAAGGCGACAACAACAUGAAAAGACGUAUGCAGGGGAUACCCUUGAACAAACUGAGCACAAACUUCCGGCACGCCGUUGAGGUCACGCGCGCCCUGGGCUACCAGUACCUCUGGAUCGAUUCGCUCUGCAUCGUCCAAGAUGACCCGCAGGACUGGGCCGUCGAGUCGGCCAAGAUGGCCGAGGUGUACACGCGCGCGUCGGUAACCAUCGCCGCGGCCAACAGUGCGUCGGCAGACGAGGGUUUCCUGAAGCCAAGGACCGGGCGCCGGACCGUAACACUGCCAUUCCGGGGGAGCCCUGGAGUCAUUACGGGUUACUUCACCGUCGCCGAGCCCUCGCCGGAGGACGCGAAGGAGCUCCGCGAUCACUUCCAAGUCGAGGUCGACGGCGGGCCGCUGGCUGCACGAGGUUGGACCCUGCAAGAGCGACUGCUCGCCCGACGGAUUGUCUUUUUCGGCAAAGACCAAGUGCAUUGGGAGUGCCGCGCCACCCGCUGGAGCGAGAGCACCCGCUUGCAGCCUAUCCAGUACAUCGAGUCCAGCGCGCCAGGGCUCGUUGCUCUCCGCGGCGGCCUGCCCAUGUUUGGUUCAAGCUCCAGCCCUGCGCAACAGAACUUGAACCAGACCAAGUUGCUCAACGAUUGGUACAGGGUCCUCGGCGAGUUCACGAGGCGGGGCCUGACCAUGAAACAAGACAAGUUGCCUGCGCUGUCGGGCAUUGCCAAGGUGAUCAGCCAGGGCCUUGGAAGGUCUAGUCCCGGCUUCGACACGACGUACCACGCCGGGCUAUGGGCGCAGGACCUCCCACGAGCUUUACUGUGGACGACGUUUGCCCCCGACGCCGGGACGGGGGCUGCGCUACCGGGUCCGUCGUGGUCGUGGAUCUCCCGGGACGCGGCCAUCUACCCGGCGAGUGAGGAGCCCACUGCCCUAACCGACAUCCUCGGAGCCGCAUGGGAAGUGGUCCUUGAGAACGGGAGCGACCCCCACGGCAGGGUGAAGCAAGGCACGCUCACACUCACGGGCUACCUGAAACAGGUAUCCUCGAUCCAGCCCAUCCCAGAGCGAAAACCUCGAACCCUCACUCCGCUCUCGUACCCGCUCUCCGACGCGCUCAUGUUUGACGGUCAGGGACAGCAGAUCGCCUCGGCCGUGCUAGACGAGCCGUCGGACGCGAGCGUGUAUGGACAGGCACAGGCUCUGUAUGCGGUCCCUGUCCGGCACGUCAUGGCCAAGACCAAGCCUGCGCUGUCAAUUCUCUCCAUUGAAGCCCUGCUGCUGCAGGACAGGGGCGACGGUACCUUCAGGCGGGUUGGGGUUGCUAGUAUGGGAGCUAGCAAUGCCAACGAUGCGCGCUGCAAGGACGCGCCGUUUGCGCGGCCGUUUCAGGUGUUUUUUUAUGAUGCGCCUGUGGCUGAGAUUAGGAUUACUUGA